CUUGGUCCGGGUCAACAGCAUGCUGGCCUGACCGCAUUUUGGACUUGGCUCUUCAGCAGCCCCAGAAGCCCAGGAGACCGCCGGAGACCCAGUUCUGUGAGUGAGGAAUGGUACAGCUGCUCCCGGGGGCAGGGCAUGUUCCCGAUUUGAGGUGAAACCAUGAGGAGGAGACAGAACAAAUAAUAAUGCUUUUCCGCAAUCGCUUCUUGCUGCUGCUGGCGCUCGCUGCGCUGCUGGCCCUCCUGAGCCUCAGCCUGCAAUUCUUCCACCUGAUCCCGGUGUCCGUGGCUAAGAAUGGAGUGAGUAGCAAGAGUCGGAAGAGAAUCAUGCCCGACCCUGUGACGGAGCCCCCCGGGAUGGACCCGCUUUACGAAGCUCUCUUGUAUUGCAACAUCCCCAGUGUGGCCGAGCGCAGCAUGGAAGGUCAUGCUCCGCAUCAUUUUAAGCUGGUCUCGGUGCAUGUGUUCAUCCGACAUGGGGACAGAUACCCACUGUAUGUCAUUCCCAAAACAAAGCGACCAGAAAUUGACUGCACUCUAGUGGCUAACAGGAAACCGUACCACCCGAAGCUGGAAGCUUUCGUUAGUCACAUGUCAAAAGGAUCCGGAGCCUCUUUCGAAAGCCCCCUACAUUCCCUGCCUCUUUUCCCCAAUCACCCGCUCUGUGAGAUGGGAGAGCUCACACAGACAGGAGUUGUGCAGCAUCUGCAGAAUGGCCAGCUGCUGAGGGACAUCUACCUAAAGAAACACCAACUCCUGCCCAGUGACUGGUCCCCCGACCAGCUCUACUUAGAGACCACGGGGAAAAGCCGGACGCUGCAGAGCGGGCUGGCCCUGCUGUAUGGCUUUCUCCCCGACUUCGACUGGAAGAAGGUCUAUUUCAGGCACCAGCCCAGCGCUCUGUUCUGCUCCGGAAGCUGCUACUGCCCCAUGAGAAACCACUACCUGGAAAAGGAGCAGCGUCGGCAGUACCUCUUACGCCUGAAGAACAGCCAGCUGGAGAGGGCCUACGGGGAGAUGGCCAAGGUCGUGGACAUCCCCACCAAGCAGCUGCGGGCCGCCAACCCCAUCGACUCCCUGCUCUGCCACUUCUGCCACAACCUCAGCUUCCCCUGCACCGGAAACGGCUGCAUCGACAUGGAGCACUUCAAGGUGAUCAAGACCCAUCAGAUGGAGGACGAGAGGGAGAGGCGGGAGAAGAAACUGUAUCUGGGGUAUGCGCUCCUGGGCGCCCACCCCAUCCUGAACCAGACCGUCGGCCGCAUGCUGCGAGCCGCCGAAGGCAGGAGCGAGGAGGUCUUCGCCCUCUAUUCUGCUCACGACGUCACUCUGUCCCCAGUCCUCAGUGCCCUGGGCCUGACGGAAGCCAGGUUCCCGAGGUUCGCGGCCAGGCUGAUCUUCGAGCUCUGGCAGGACAGGGACGAGCCCAGGGAGCACGCGGUGCGGGUUCUCUACAACGGCGUCGACGUCACGUUCCACACCUCCUUCUGCCAGGACCACCGCCGGCGCUGGCCCAAGCCCAUGUGCCCCCUCGACAACUUGGUCCGCUUCGUCAGAAGGGACAUGCUGGUGGCCCUGGGGUCUGGUAGCACUAAUUAUUAUGAUGCCUGUCACCGGAAGGGAUUCUAAGAGGUGCAGAGUCCAGCACUCACAGAGUCUAUGUCGAAACAGAGGGGUGGGAAAGGUACACUUCUCGUUCCAGCCUUCGCUAAGGGUACAAGGUUAUUGAUUUCCAUGGCUAGACACUGUGCUAGGGAGCCACACAGAUGGCUUUCGGUUGAACAAUGAGGACAUUGUUGAAUUCGGGUUCGGGAGUUCCUUGAUACACAAUGACCAAUUCACAGAAAGAGGAAGGUACUUUAUCAUAUCCAGACUUUGCUUACCCAUGCCAGACUAUUUUAAUACUCAGAGUUGCCAGUCCACAUGUGUAUUCUUCUGACCUGCCAGUGGUACUGUGCCAUGGGACCAGCAAACCUCAGCCCAAAUGUGUUUAAUCUGGGACCAUCUUACCUUGUCCUUGUUCGGUGAAAAAUUUCCCCAAGUAAUUUAUGUAAAAUAGGGCUUGACAGACUUUUUCUGUACAAGGCCAGAGAGUAGAUAGUUUAGACUGUGCAGACCAAACAGCCACACACAGUCUCUUGCCACAGCGCUUUUCGUUCUGCUCUUGUCACGGGAAAGCAACCACAGACGGUACAUCCAGCGUGCACAGGUCGCACAAAACAGGCCGUGGGUCAGGUGUGGCCCUGGGGCGAUGGCUCGCUGGCCCCUGAUCCAAAAUACGGGCUCUACUACAAUUGCACUCUCAGCACUUUUGAGAACCGGGUGGAUACUAAGAAUUACUCAGCAGUGCCUCCGGUCACUUCUGCUAGCAACACAGAAUUUGGUCUGUAUCUAUUAUAACAAAACAAAGGGAAAUACACAUUGAACCAGAAGGAGUCACAGAAAAGUUGUCAGAGUCAUACUUGAUGUUCAUGAUGAUUGUGGUAUGAUAGUUUCAAGGAUGUUUUGAACAUUUGUCUGCUGUCGUCUAUUUGCUGUAUAUGCUGAAAUUUUUGUAUUCCACUUGGUAUUUUUAUAGUCUAGGAGAAUAUUUUCUGAGACCCGUUUUAGAUGUGCCCUGAUUCCCUUGUAAUAGUCCAUUUGCGGCCCCUGGUUGGUGUUCAGAAGGGAGCCAGAAGCUGACGACAGGCACUUCCUUCCAAUAAAAUGAAUUAUGGCUUAUUCCCUUGGACAAGCUGUAGGACUGGAUCAACUUUUAAACCCUUUUUGUGAGUUUCGAAAGGUAAAUUCUAACUGAUUUUUAAGUACGUUUUUUGGGAGAACUUUGGUACUAGUUAAAUAAUCUUUAUAAGGUAUUUUGUAUAUUAGAAGCAGUGAUUAAAUCUGUGGUUUCUGAACUAAUGGUGCUAGUUCUGUGCGAAGAGAUGUCACGUGCAAGUGAGGUUCUCCAGUGUCAUUGAUAGCCCCAUCAUUUCUCUUCGUUUUUACCCAGUGUUGCAUUUAAAUACAUGUUUCUAUGAAUAAAUUUUGAUGAAUACUUGUACGUACCACUAACGGUUUGUACCUCUAAGUCACUGUGGUUCUUUUCAAGUGAGGGCCAAUAUUUUUAAAAUUUAUCCUUUUUUUUUUUGUAUAAAUGAAAAUGUGCUAAAUUAGAAAACUCUACAGCACAUGUGGGGAAGGGAGGGCCAGGCCCUGUGGUGCGCUGCGGCCGCUAACAGGCUGCGCUGGGCCCAGCAGGGACAACGGAAAGGAACGUCCUGCUUCCUUCUCUCAGGGCAGCAGCAAGAUCGCUGGGCCAGGAGGACGCGUCCCAGCUGGUGGCCUAGGGCUGGGUGAACAUUUGUCUUACCUGCUUCUAUUGCUGACCACCUUGUGUUGUCUCUGGAGUAUUUAAAGCCUAAGCAGGUGUGUGUUUUUCUCUCUCUCGCAGUAUUUGAAUUAGACCUGCUUAACGCAGCUUGAAGAACAUAGAAUUGAAUCAGAAGAUGUUUUAAAAAUUAUUUUGCAACACCUGUUAGUAAAGGUAAAUAUUUUGGCUAAGAGCCCACAUUGAAAGUGUUGUAGAUACAGGUUUUGCCUCGGUGAUGAGAAAAACAGCCUUUGAGGGAAAACAGCUUUGUUUUCCUGAAUUGUUGCCAAGGCCUUUUACAACAUGGCAGCCCUGCUCACACCCAGAGUCCGAACACUUAGGUAAGAACUUGAGCUUAGGACGCCCACCGCCAGUUCCCGCUUUACUUUUCCAGGGCUCCUCUUAACAUAACCGCGUAGAGUUACACCUGCAAAGAGUCAGUGGCCUCCGCCCCAGCGCCUUAUAGGUGAUAGGUGUGUCCUCCCUGUUCUCUGUCUCCUGCUGCACGUGACCCGGUGGAGGACUGCCAUUCCCCCAGUUGCACCCCCCUAACUGGGAUCUGUAAGUAAUAAAUCUUGUGACGACUU